AUAGUCAGAGAUACACGUAGAAAGAUAGAAUAGGUGAGGAUUUCAAGAAAAUUCUCAAAUAAGUAAUGAUAAAAUAAGUGAUCUUUAGAGGCAGUGUUUGAGAAUGGGCAUUUUAUACAGAUGAAUUCAAAACAUGCUUAUAAAAACUAAAAGAGAGACAAAAGACUAGCUAACCCUGUAAAAGGACAAAUAGGAUUGAUAAGCUUUUGAGGUAUAUUUGAAUUCUGUCAUUCUAUGAUUUGAUACUGGAAAGUAUUCAUAUUUUAAAAUAUAAGAUUUACCUCAAAAUAUGUGGCAGACUAGACCCAGGAUGGUAACUAGACAGCCCAUUGAAUUCCCUCACAAGCUGAAGUACAGAUGAAAUGUUAGAAAAUAAUAUUAACUUAUCAGCAAAUAAUUGUCUUUUCCACUAUUCUUAUGUUGUAGAUGCUAAGGGAAUGAGUUACAUCACUCUAAAACUAGUAGAGUGCCUAAGGAUAAACGUUCUCAGGCUUUCUAUAUUGUGCUUAUUAACUUUUUGUCAGUCAGUGGAGAUUUAAAAUUUUAUCUAAAAUACAACUUUCCCACGUAUAAACUUAUUAAAGAAUGGUCAUUUCCCUUUGCAGUACAAUUUCACACAACUGAUCAGAAUUCAAAAUUUCCAUUUACUUCAAAUAGAUAUCUCCAUUAAAUUCAGUUUUGUGAGGAAAUGAUGUAAAGUGAAAAUAGAGUGGACCAAGAAUAUAUGACAGGCUUUGAAGUUUCUUAUUAUUUUUGUCAUUGUUUUAAAAUAAAUAAGUGAGAUUAAUUUCAUAGGUAACCUGUAUUUUUUUUGUAUUGGAUCAUUAUAAAUGGCCAUGAUAAUGUACUAGCAUUUAUUCCUUAACUAUAAUCUACUUUAUUCAGCAUGCUUAUCAUGUGCACUAUUCUGACCAACUGUGUAUUCAUGACCUUGAGUAACCCUCCAGAUUGGACAAAGAAUGUAGAGUACACAUUCACUGGAAUCUACACCUUUGAGUCACUUAUAAAAAUCUUGGCAAGAGGGUUUUGCUUAGAAGAUUUUACAUUCCUUCGUGAUCCGUGGAACUGGCUGGAUUUCAGCGUCAUUGUGAUGGCGUAUGUAACAGAAUUUAUAAGCCUAGGCAAUGUUUCAGCUCUUCGAACUUUCAGAGUACUGAGAGCUCUGAAAACUAUUUCUGUAAUUCCAGGUUUAAAAACCAUCGUGGGGGCCCUGAUCCAGUCUGUGAAGAAGCUCUCAGACGUCAUGAUCCUGACCGUGUUCUGUCUGAGCGUGUUUGCUCUGAUUGGUCUGCAGCUGUUCAUGGGCAACCUGCGGAAUAAAUGCUUGCAAUGGCCCCCAAGCGAUUCUGCUUUUGAAACCAACACCACUUCCUACUUUAAUGGCACAGUGGAUUCAAAUGGGAUAUUUGUUAAUGUAACAAUGAGUACAUUUAACUGGAAGGAUUACAUUGAAGAUGACAGUCACUUUUAUGUUUUGGAUGGACAAAAAGACCCUUUACUGUGUGGAAAUGGCUCAGAUGCAGGCCAGUGUCCAGAAGGAUACAUCUGUGUGAAGGCUGGUCGAAACCCCAACUAUGGUUACACAAGCUUUGACACCUUUAGCUGGGCUUUCUUGUCUCUAUUUCGACUCAUGACACAAGAUUAUUGGGAGAACCUUUACCAGUUGACAUUACGUGCUGCUGGAAAAACAUACAUGAUAUUUUUUGUCCUUGUGAUUUUCUUGGGCUCUUUUUAUUUGGUGAAUUUGAUCCUGGCAGUGGUGGCCAUGGCCUAUGAGGAGCAGAAUCAGGCCACUUUGGAAGAGGCAGAACAGAAAGAGGCUGAAUUUCAGCAAAUGCUUGAACAGCUUAAAAAGCAACAGGAAGAAGCUCAGGCAGUCGCAGCAGCAGCGGCUGCUUCCAGAGAUUUCAGUGGAGUAGGUGGGCUGGGAGAGCUCUUGGAGAGUUCUUCGGAAGCAUCGAAAUUAAGCUCCAAAAGUGCAAAGGAGUGGAGGAACCGAAGGAAGAAGAGGAGACAGAGGGAGCGUCUUGAAGGAAUUAACAAAGGAGAGGGAGGCAGGUUUCCCAAAUCUGAGUCUGAGGACAGUGUCAAAAGAAGCUUCCUUUUCUCCAGGGAUGGAAACCGACUGACUAGCGACAAGAAAUUCUACUCCCCUCAUCAGUCUCUAUUAAGUAUCCGUGGCUCCCUGUUUUCCCCACGACGCAAUAGCAAAACAAGCAUUUUCAGCUUCAGAGGUCGGGUUAAGGAUGUCGGUUCAGAAAAUGACUUUGCCGAUGAUGAGCACAGUACAUUUGAAGACAGCGAGAGCCGGAGAGACUCACUGUUUGUGCCGCACAGACAUGGAGAGCGACGCAACAGUAACGUUAGUCAGGCCAGUAUGUCAUCCAGGAUGGUGCCAGGGCUUCCAGCCAAUGGGAAGAUGCACAGCACUGUGGAUUGCAAUGGUGUGGUUUCCUUGGUGGGUGGACCAUCAGCUCUAACCUCACCUACUGGACAACUUCUGCCAGAGGGCACCACCACUGAAACGGAAGUCAGAAAGAGAAGACUAAGUUCUUACCAGAUUUCAAUGGACAUGCUGGAGGAUUCCUCUGGAAGGCAAAGAGCCGUGAGCAUAGCCAGCAUCCUGACCAACACAAUGGAGGAACUUGAAGAAUCUAGACAGAAAUGUCCACCAUGCUGGUAUAGAUUUGCCAAUGUGUUUUUGAUCUGGGAUUGCUGUGAUGCAUGGUUAAAAAUAAAACACCUUGUGAACUUGAUUGUUAUGGAUCCCUUUGUCGAUCUUUCCAUCACCAUCUGCAUCGUCUUAAACACUCUCUUUAUGGCCAUGGAGCACUACCCCAUGACUGGUCAGUUCAGCAGUGUGUUGACUGUAGGGAACCUGGUCUUCACUGGGAUCUUCACAGCAGAAAUGGUUCUCAAGAUCAUUGCCAUGGACCCCUAUUAUUAUUUUCAAGAGGGCUGGAAUAUCUUUGAUGGAAUUAUUGUCAGCCUUAGUUUGAUGGAGCUUGGCCUAGCAAAUGUGGAGGGAUUAUCUGUACUGAGAUCAUUCAGACUGCUUCGAGUUUUCAAGCUGGCAAAAUCCUGGCCCACCCUGAACAUGCUGAUAAAGAUCAUCGGCAACUCGGUGGGGGCCCUGGGCAACCUCACCUUGGUGCUGGCCAUCAUCGUCUUCAUCUUCGCCGUGGUCGGCAUGCAGCUCUUCGGGAAGAGCUACAAAGAAUGUGUCUGCAAGAUCUCCAGUGACUGUCAACUUCCGCGCUGGCACAUGAAUGACUUCUUCCACUCGUUCCUGAUCGUGUUCCGUGUGCUGUGCGGGGAGUGGAUAGAGACCAUGUGGGACUGCAUGGAGGUCGCGGGCCAGACCAUGUGCCUUAUUGUUUUCAUGUUGGUCAUGGUGAUCGGAAACCUGGUGGUUCUUAACCUCUUUCUGGCCUUACUGUUGAGUUCAUUUAGCUCAGACAAUCUUGCUGCUACUGACGACGAUAAUGAAAUGAACAAUCUCCAGAUUGCAGUAGGAAGGAUGCAAAAGGGAAUCGAUUAUAUGAAAAAUAAGAUACAUGAGUGUUUCCAAAAAACCUUUCUUAGAAAGCCAAAAGUUAUAGAAAUUCAUGAAGGCAACAAAAUAGACAGCUGCAUGUCCAAUAAUACAGGAAUUGAAAUAAGCAAAGAGCUUAAUUAUCUUAAAGAUGGGAAUGGAACCACCAGUGGUGUAGGUACUGGAAGCAGUGUUGAAAAAUAUGUAAUCGAUGAAAAUGAUUACAUGUCCUUCAUAAACAACCCCAGCCUCACUGUAACAGUGCCAAUUGCUGUUGGAGAGUCUGACUUUGAAAACUUAAAUACUGAGGAAUUCAGCAGCGAGUCAGAACUAGAAGAAAGCAAAGAGAAAUUAAAUGCAACCAGCUCAUCCGAAGGAAGCACAGUUGACAUUGCUCCACCCCGAGAAGGUGACCAAGCCGAAAUGGAACCCGAGGAAGACCUUAAGCCAGAAGCUUGUUUUACUGAAGGAUGUAUCAAAAAGUUUCCAUUCUGUCAAGUAAGUAUAGAAGAAGGUAAAGGAAAGACCUGGUGGAAUCUUCGGAAAACCUGCUACAGUAUUGUUGAACACAACUGGUUUGAGACUUUCAUUGUCUUCAUGAUCCUUCUCAGUAGUGGUGCUCUGGCUUUUGAAGAUAUAUACAUUGAACAGCGAAAGACUAUCAAAACCAUGCUAGAAUAUGCUGACAAGGUCUUCACUUAUAUAUUCAUUCUGGAAAUGCUUCUCAAAUGGGUAGCUUAUGGAUUUCAAACAUAUUUCACUAAUGCUUGGUGCUGGCUUGAUUUCCUGAUCGUUGAUGUUUCUUUGGUUAGCUUGGUAGCCAAUGCUCUUGGCUAUUCUGAACUUGGUGCCAUCAAAUCCCUACGGACACUAAGAGCCUUAAGGCCUCUAAGAGCUUUAUCCCGGUUUGAAGGCAUGAGGGUAGUUGUGAAUGCUCUUAUUGGAGCAAUUCCCUCUAUCAUGAACGUGCUGUUGGUUUGUCUCAUCUUCUGGCUGAUUUUUAGCAUUAUGGGUGUGAAUUUGUUUGCUGGCAAAUUCUACCACUGUGUUAACGUGACAACGGGUAACAUGUUUGAAGUUAGUGAAGUCAACAAUCUGAGUGAUUGUCAGGCUCUUGGCAAGCAAGCUCGGUGGAAAAACGUGAAAGUAAACUUUGAUAAUGUUGGCGCUGGCUAUCUUGCAUUGCUUCAAGUGGCCACAUUUAAAGGCUGGAUGGAUAUCAUGUAUGCAGCUGUUGAUUCACGGGAUGUUAAACUUCAGCCUGUAUAUGAAGAAAAUCUAUAUAUGUACUUGUAUUUUGUCAUCUUUAUCAUCUUUGGGUCGUUCUUCACUCUGAAUCUAUUCAUUGGUGUCAUCAUAGAUAACUUCAACCAGCAGAAAAAGAAGUUUGGAGGUCAAGACAUCUUUAUGACAGAGGAACAGAAAAAAUAUUACAAUGCAAUGAAGAAACUUGGAUCCAAGAAACCUCAGAAGCCCAUACCUCGGCCAUCAAACAAGUUCCAAGGCAUGGUCUUUGACUUCGUGACCAGGCAGGCCUUCGACAUCAGCAUCAUGAUCCUCAUCUGCCUCAACAUGGUCACCAUGAUGGUGGAGACGGACGACCAGAGCAAAUACAUGACACUCGUUUUAUCCAGGAUCAACCUCGUGUUUAUUAUCCUGUUCACUGGGGAAUCUGUGCUGAAGCUCAUCUCCCUCAGAUACUACUACUUCACCAUAGGCUGGAACAUCUUUGAUUUUGUGGUGGUGAUUCUCUCCAUUGUAGGCAUGUUUCUGGCUGAGCUGAUAGAGAAGUAUUUCGUGUCCCCUACCCUGUUCCGAGUGAUCCGUCUCGCCAGGAUUGGCCGAAUCCUGCGUCUGAUCAAAGGGGCCAAGGGGAUCCGCACGCUGCUCUUUGCUCUGAUGAUGUCCCUUCCCGCGCUGUUCAACAUCGGCCUCCUGCUCUUCCUGGUCAUGUUCAUCUACGCCAUCUUUGGAAUGUCCAACUUCGCCUAUGUUAAGCGGGAAGCUGGAAUUGAUGACAUGUUCAACUUCGAGACCUUUGGCAACAGCAUGAUCUGCCUGUUCCAGAUCACCACCUCGGCCGGCUGGGACGGACUGCUAGCCCCUAUUCUCAACAGUGCACCACCCGACUGUGACCCUGACACAAUUCACCCUGGAAGCUCAGUUAAGGGAGACUGUGGGAACCCAUCUGUGGGGAUUUUCUUCUUCGUCAGUUACAUCAUCAUAUCCUUUCUGGUUGUGGUGAACAUGUACAUCGCCGUCAUCCUGGAGAACUUCAGCGUUGCUACUGAGGAAAGUGCAGAGCCCCUGAGCGAGGAUGACUUUGAGAUGUUCUACGAGGUCUGGGAGAAGUUCGACCCCGACGCCACCCAGUUCAUGGAAUACAGCAAACUCUCCGAUUUUGCAGCUGCCCUGGAUCCUCCUCUGCUCAUCGCAAAGCCAAACAAAGUCCAGCUCAUCGCCAUGGACCUGCCCAUGGUCAGCGGGGACCGGAUCCACUGCCUGGACAUCCUAUUUGCCUUUACAAAGAGGGUUCUGGGUGAAAGCGGAGAGAUGGACGCUCUCCGAGUACAGAUGGAAGACAGGUUCAUGGCAUCAAACCCCUCCAAAGUCUCCUAUGAGCCCAUUACAACCACUUUGAAACGCAAACAAGAGGAGGUGUCUGCUGCUAUCAUUCAGCGUAAUUUCAGGUGUUAUCUUUUAAGACAAAGGUUAAAAAAGGUAUCAUCUGAAUAUAACAAAGAGGCAAUCAAAGGGAGGAUUGAUUUACCUAUAAAAGAAGACAUGAUUAUUGACAAAUUAAAUGGGAACUCCACCCCAGAAAAAACAGAUGGAAGUUCCUCUACCACCUCUCCUCCUUCCUACGAUAGUGUGACCAAGCCAGACAAAGAGAAGUUUGAGAAAGACAAACCAGAAAAAGAAUACAAAGGGAAAGAAGUCAGGGAAAAUCAAAAGUAAAAAGAAACAAAGACUUGUCUUUGUGAUCAAUUGUUUACAGCCCAUGAAGGUAAAGUCGACGUGUCAACUGGACUCCCAGGGGUCUAUGCCAAACUGACUGUUUUAACAAAUACUCGUGGUCAGUGCCUAUUACAAGACAGUGACUUCUCCAUCACCACAACUCUGUCAAUCAGGGUAUCAACACUGACAAGAGGUUGCUGCUUUCAUUACCAGCUGACACUGCUAAGAAGAUACUCAACGGCUACUUAGACUGUAAAGAUAGUUGUGCAAAGUGAUUAUUGUAACUACACCAAACACCUUUAGUACAGUACUUGCAUCCACUCAAUUUUUAACUUCCAUAUCUGCCAUAUUUUUACAAAAUUUGUUCUAGAUUUCCCUGGUUCCUAAUUCAUAGUCUAUUCACAAUACUAUGUCACUAUUUUUGUAAAUGAGGUUUAAGUUUAAAAAAAGUAUCUAAGAGCCCCAUGUUUUGACUCCACAACUCUCUCAAACAAUCAGACAAGUGUUUUGCCCUAGACAUAAAAUUCUUGCUCAAAACCAGAAAAAAACUCUAAAGAUAAAAAUUUCAGGUACUUUCAUUUUCUAGAUGGCUUUAAUUUUGAAAGUAUUUUAACCUGUUGUUUGUUUAUAUCUCAACAGUUAUGUGCCUGUAAAGUGUCCUCUAAUUUUUAAAGGAUUAUUUUUAUGCAAAGCAUUCUUUUUCAGCAAGUGCAAAUUUUAUUCUAAGUUCCAGAGCUCUAUAUUUAAUUUUGGUUAAAUGCUUCCCAAAUAAGUAAUCUCAUAAAUCUGUUCUACAAAAGUGUAUCUAGAAUAUGCCUUUAGAAUAGUCGUUCCACUUUCCGCUGCCGUACUGCUUUGCCAUCUUCUGCUCUCAGCAAAGCUGACACUUAUGUCAAUUCAACACCUCCUGUUAUGUAAAUAGUUAUUUUAUCCUGUGGUGCAUUUAUAUAUUUUAGGCAAAUAUAUAUAUUUACUUAUAUAUAUAGAGCCUGACAAACAACUUCUAUUAAAUCAAAUAUGAACCACAGUAUGUGUGUCUCUUCCAACCUUCCAACAGGGACGUAUACCGUGCCGUUCACUAAACAUAAAUAGCUUGAAGACUAUCACUAAUGCAUGUUAAUAUUGCCUCUGCUGCUCUAUUUUACUCAAUCCAUUCUUCACCAGCCUUGGUUAGAAGAAGUCACAUGGUGGUGGUAGACUGAAUUCAGACAGCUCUCUGUCCUUUCUGUCAAGCAGAAUAACUUGCAGUUAUUUAAAAGCACCUUUACUUUUGCAUUUUUAAAUCAACUUCAGUGUCAUAUACAGUGUCUCUCUAGAUUUCAAGGAUACAUACUGUGUAUUGACUAUUGUCAAAACUUAUACUUCAUAUUUUGCUAAAAAUAUAUCCAAAAAUUGUUUAAAUAUAAAUAAUGUAAAAAUAUUAUCAAUUUUAUUUGUUGUACUUUGUACAUAAGAAAAUUAUUUUCAGGUUGAUGACAUGGCAAUUUAUUUUACUUUAUGCUUUUGCUUUUUAUUUUUAAACACAAUUCCAAACUUUUCAAUCCAUAUAACUUUUCAAUGGAUAAUUUCCUAAAAUAAAAGUUAGACCAUG